AUGUCAGACGCAUACGAACGAGAGCGCCAGAACAACUCACGGCUGUCGGAGCUGUCGGCGAAGGUUACAGCGUUGAGAGGAGUGACGGUCGAUAUUUACGAUAAUGUUAGGUCGCAAGAUGUCAUUGACAAUACGUCUGAUACCUUUUCCUCUAUGAGCACAAGUUUGAAAGGGUCCGCAGGCAGGUUGGGACGAAUGGCUGCGAGUGGAAAUAAGGUUGCGAUAUUGAAGCUCUCAGGGAUGAUUGUGGGGGGAGUCCUAUCCUUGUGGUUUAUAUGGGGACUUAUCUUUUGAGAUUGGGCUGGGAAUAGGAGGUGAAGGCUUCCAGGCGUAUAUUACGAGGAUGGAUAUUGUAUUGUACGUGAACAUACUGCAGCAUAGCAUUGGCGUUCGGGUGUGGAAUAGGGAAUUGAGUCGCUGGUCUCUGAUCAGCACUUUGUCACAAAUGUAUCGAGGCACAUGUUUUAUUGUAUGAACAGAUGUGGAUUGCUC